CGCUCCCGCCCUCGCUGGCUCUGCCCUGACCUGGUGGUGAGGCGUGACCGGGAUGGCGGAGGGAGGCGAUCGUGGGGGACAGCAGGCGGCCUGCGGGCACGACAGCUACCGCUCGCCGCUUGCCUCCCGUUACGCCAGCCCGGAGAUGUGCUUCGUGUUUAGCGACAGGUACAAAUUCCGGACAUGGCGGCAGCUCUGGCUGUGGCUGGCGGAGGCCGAGCAGACGUUGGGUUUGCCUAUCACAGAUGAACAAAUCCAGGAGAUGAAAUCAAACCUGGACAACAUCGACUUCAAGAUGGCAGCUGAGGAAGAGAAACAGUUACGACAUGAUGUGAUGGCUCACGUGCACACGUUUGGCCACUGCUGCCCCAAAGCUGCUGCUAUAAUUCACCUUGGAGCCACCUCCUGCUAUGUUGGAGAUAAUACAGACCUGAUUAUUCUCAGAAAUGCAUUUGACCUGCUUUUGCCAAAGCUUGCCAGAGUGAUCUCUCGGCUUGCUGACUUUGCUAAGGAACGAGCCAGCCUUCCUACCUUAGGUUUCACACAUUUCCAGCCUGCUCAGCUGACCACAGUUGGGAAACGUUGCUGUCUCUGGAUUCAGGAUCUUUGCAUGGACCUCCAGAAUUUGAAGCGUGUCCGAGAUGACCUGCGCUUCCGGGGAGUGAAAGGCACCACAGGCACUCAGGCCAGCUUCCUGCAGCUCUUUGAGGGAGAUGACCAGAAGGUAGAGCAGCUUGACAAGAUAGUGACAGAAAAGGCAGGAUUUAAAAGGGCUUUCAUCAUCACAGGGCAGACCUAUACACGAAAAGUGGAUAUUGAGGUGCUGUCUGUGCUGGCUAGCUUGGGGGCAUCCGUGCACAAGAUUUGUACCGACAUACGACUCCUGGCAAACCUCAAGGAGAUGGAGGAACCCUUUGAAAAACAGCAGAUUGGCUCAAGUGCGAUGCCAUACAAGCGGAACCCUAUGCGCUCCGAGCGCUGCUGUAGCCUUGCCCGUCACCUCAUGACCCUCAUCGUCGACCCGCUGCAGACGGCAUCUGUGCAGUGGUUCGAGCGCACGCUGGAUGAUAGUGCCAAUCGACGUAUCUGUUUGGCCGAGGCGUUUCUCACCGCAGAUACUAUAUUGAAUACGCUGCAGAACAUUUCUGAAGGAUUGGUGGUGUACCCCAAAGUAAUUGAACGGCGCAUUCGGCAAGAGCUGCCUUUCAUGGCCACAGAGAACAUCAUCAUGGCCAUGGUGAAAGCUGGGGGUAACCGCCAGGAUUGCCAUGAGAAAAUUAGAGUGCUUUCCCAGCAGGCAGCUGCUGUGGUCAAACAGGAGGGAGGUGACAAUGACCUCAUAGAGCGAAUCCAGGCUGAUGCCUACUUCAGUCCCAUUCAUUCCCAGUUGGACCGUCUGCUGGAUCCUUCUUCUUUUACAGGUCGUGCAUCUCAACAGGUGCAGAGAUUCUUGGAAGAGGAAGUAUAUCCCCUGCUGAAACCAUAUGAAAGCGUAAUGAAGGUGAAAGCAGAACUAUGUCUGUAGCGUUGGAAAAGAAUUAAACAAGAAGUGAUUGGCUUUGUUAACUUUUAUUGCCAAGUCAUGGAAACCAUUAGUUUAGUGCCUUAUUUUACCUUAGGACGUAUUACCUGAAAUCGAUACAGCACUUUCUUGUUGGUGUGGCGCUUUCACAUUUCUCAGCGUUUACGAUGCAGGAAUAAAUUACGUUGAAUUGGA